AUGGGGCAAGCUCUCAGCAGCCGAAUGUGGUUCAGGAGAAAUCCUCCGGCCGCCGCCGAAGAGCCUCGUGCUGCUCGAGAUGGGGAGGCCGCGGAAGCUGGCGCAGCCGUCGUCCGUGAGGAGCAGGCAGGUGAAGCGGCCGGACCUUCAGCCGCCGCCGCCCCCACGCGUCAGGUGAGCCACAAGCGGAAGGCCGGCCCGGGAGGACCCUCGGCAAAAGUCCCCCGUAGGAGAUCGCGAGAGGACAGGUCCAGAUCCAUUUAUGAGUCUCUUUUCCUGAGGGGCGAGGACAGUGACGUAAAGAUCUGUGCCUUUGAGGAGGAGUGGUGCUUGCACAGGGUCUACCUGUGCCGGUCAGGGUACUUUGCUAGCAUGUUCAGUGGUGCCUGGCGAGAGACAAACAUGAAUACAAUAGAGAUGGAGAUGCCCGACAAGAAUAUCGAUCGUGACUCUUUCCAUCAGGCUUUGGGCUACUUGUACAGUCAUCGCGUGGAAAUUCCUCCCUGUCGAGUCAUUGCCAUCUUGGCCACAGCAAGUAUGCUGCAGUUGGAUGGGUUAAUUCAGCAGUGUGAGGAGGUGAUGAUGGUCUCCAUCAAUAUCAAGACUGUGUGCACCUACUUCUACUCUGCUGAGAAUUACGGGCUGCAGAACGUCCGAUACAUUUGCCACCAGUGGCUCUUGGACAACCUGAUGAUCCGGCAAAAUGAUGAGCUGUUGCCAGAAAUCAGUCUGGAUCUCAUGAAGCAGCUCAUUGCCUCUUCGGAUCUCUUGGUGAUCGAAGUGGAGAUAGAUGUGUACACUACACUGAAAAAGUGGAUGUUCCUGCAGCUGGAACCCACAUGGUCAGGACCCCCAAGUGCACUAUUGGCUGCUGCCGACUUGUACUUUGCCAAGUACAAAAGUGAUUUAGAUGCUGCCCCUUUUCUGCAGACUGAGCAGGGGAGAGCCUUCGUGUCAGUGUUCCAGCAACUAAGGCUCUCCUACAUCAUCUGUGACCUGCCUUCAGCACACAUUAUUGACCAGGAUACAUUGAUCCCGGCUACAUGGUUGACCCCAGUAUACAAAGAGCAAUGGCUGGCACUUCUUCUGGCAGAGCAGUCCAGGGAACUUGGGCCAGCGGAUGUCCAGGUGUCCGAUGUCCGUGGAAACAGCAUGCGGUGUGGACGCCAGAUUCACACUGACGAGCAAUGCAGCUGGAGCUGGUCUGGCUUCAACUUUGGCUGGGACUUGGUGGUUGACUACAACAACAAGUGCAUUAUAUUCCGUCGCAGUGCACUGAAUAAAUCCUGUGGCCUUGGUGUCAGCUUGCUGUGGCAGAGAAAAGUUGCCUUCCGUCUGCGCGUGAUCUCAUUGGACGAGACUGGAAGAGCCGUUUUGAGAAAGGACACAGACUAUCAUGUCCUUUCCCUGACAAAGGAUCAACGGCUAGAGGUGGUCAACCUAGAAAACGAAGACUUAAUUUUCCCCAUUUAUGUGGCAUGUAACUUCCUGUAUCUUCCUGCAGAGAGUGGCAGUGGCCCGAGUGAGGAACCAGGAACAAGUUCAAUGACCUGA